UAUUUCUGGCUAUUGUUGUUUGACUGAGAGAAGGACAGGUGGACAGUGGGACAGAGGGACAUCCUGGAGCCUCGCGGUUUAUCUUCGCUGCUUUAAUGAGCAGUUUGGGACAUAAAGUAAUGAAUUAUUGAAGCUGUCGCUCAGAGGAAAGAUUCAGUUUUGUUUUACAGCGGAGGGAAGAUGCUCCGCGCACGCGCCCAAUGUUGACGUUUAAACGUUUUAUUGUUGGGAUGUUUAAGCCGAGUGUUGAACUGCAACCUGCUCGCUGAUGUUUGUGGUUUCUGUUGGUGUUUCAGAGGGACGGUGGCCUGUUGGGCUCAUGUUAUUGUUAGCUGUGGAGAGCAGCUAUGAGGCUAGCUGUAGCCGCUAAGGCAGCGCUCUGCAGCUGAUCCAGGAUCAGGUCCACAUCAUGUAGACAAUCAUCCGCUGAGCAUCUGGGUCACAGACAGACGGACGGACGCGGCUAAGCUAAGCUAAGCACCGAUGCUAACCGAUCGGUUGAUGUAGGACAUCCCGCCGCUCAUCCCUGAUUCACACCUGAAGGAAACAUCGGAGCAGCUGCCAUGACUCCUCAGUGAGGCAGGGAGCGGACUCCUUCCUCCUCCUGUGAGGAGAGCAGAUCCAGGGUCGGGUCUCCUGGCCCUGUCACCAUGGAAACGGUGGGAGACUUUGAGUACAGCAGGAAGGACCUGGUUGGACAUGGAGCCUUCGCGGUGGUGUUCAAGGGGAGACACAGGAAGAAAACCGACUGGGAGGUGGCCAUCAAGAGCAUCAAUAAGAAGAACCUGUCCAAGUCACAGAUCCUCCUGGGCAAGGAAAUCAAAAUCCUGAAGGAACUGCAGCAUGAAAACAUCGUGGCUCUUUAUGACGUUCAGGAAACUCCCAGCUCCGUUUUCCUGGUCAUGGAAUACUGCAACGGAGGGGAUCUUGCCGACUAUCUGCAAGUAACGCUGGUGUUGAUGUUCUGGUUGUGCAGAAUCCCGCGGGAGACGUCUCCUCAGCUCGGUGACCUGCUGCUCGGCCUGCUGCAGAGGAAUCAGAAGGAGCGGAUGGACUUUGACACGUUUUUCAGCCAUCCUUUCUUGGAACCAUCGUCCACAAUUAAAAAAUGUGAGUUGAAAGGUUUUUCUCUGGGGAAUCCUCGCUGCAGUAAAAUGUUAACUAACGGCAGCACGUCUCCCUCAGCAUGUCCAGUACCCGUCCCCAGCGCCGCCGCCGCAGAAGGUUCCUGCAGCUCCUCUCCAUCCAUCCGCUACAGCUCCCCUCCUUCUCUUCCAGACAUGCAGACUCUGACUGAGGACGGUCUGUCAUCUCCUCCGAUGGGUCCGCCCAACUUCCUGCAGCUGUCCAAAGAGUCUGCAGGAAGCACCAGCAGCAAGAACUCCUCCUGUGACACAGACGAUUUUGUUCUGGUUCCUAACAUCUCAACUGAGAGCUACGACCACCCAGCAGGAGCCGGCUGCCGCCCGUCCACUGACCUUUUCAUGUGUGGAGGGCAGCCGCAGCCCCCCCAGGGACAGGCGGCCAUGGUCUCCCCGCGGGCGGAAACCACCCCCAUUCCUGUUCCCACCCAGGUGCGCAACUACCAGCGGAUCAAGCAGAACCUGUCCAGCAGCCCAAGUUCUGCUGUCUACAGCUCCCCCAGGUCAGGAACCGUCAGGCGCUCCAACACCAGUCCUAUGGGCUUUCCCAAGGCGGGCUGUGGGUCUCCCAGUUCAGCCGAUGCCCCCCAGCCAGCGUGCCGACGCCUCUCCACGGGCAGCUCCCGGCCCUACUCGCCCUCGCCUCUCGUGGGAACCAUCCCUGAGCAGCUGGGCCACUGCUGCUGCCAGAUGCAGAACCAGGAGCAUCGCAUCCGCUGCUCUGCAGGAGGUUCUCCGGUUCCCUCCUCUCAGCUUCUGGGCGCUCGGCUCCCAAGCGCUCCGACGCUGACGGAUUUCUACCAGACCCGGCAGAAGCUCCACAAGCAGCUGUCCGACCCCGUGCAGCCGUCCUGCUCCUCCUGCAGUCACUCCCCUCAGCUCGGCCGCCCGGCCAACCUGGGCUCAUCCCCCACCAAGCUGCUGGGGUCGUCGCCACGCAUGUCUGACUGGCUUCAGAAGUCGCCGCUGCCAACGAUCAUCGGUUCCCCCACCAAGACAAUUUCUGCUCCGUUCAAGAUCCCUAAAACUCAGGCGUCCUGCAACCUGAUGGCGCUGGCAGACAGCCCAGUUCCCAACAAGACGCUCGCAGACUGUCGGGACGUGUGCAGCCACCAUUGCAGCCCCUACCUGAUGGGACGGGCUGCUGCCCCGGAGGCCAGCAGGACCUUUGGCAGGUCCGUCAGUACCGGCCGUCUGUCUGAACAACCGAUCAGAAUCACUCUGGGAGGACAAGCCUACCAGGGCAGCACCGACAGUCUGAACACCGAGCGGCCCAUGGACACAGCCCCCAGCGUGGCUCCAGGAAGAUCGGCGAGCCCCCGCACCGUCCUGUUCACGGUGGGCUCCCCGCCCAGCAGCAGCACCCCUCCCACAUGCAGCCACCUGGGAGCCCGGCCUCGGACCACCUCUGUGGGUUCCAACAGCUCGGCCGGUUCCUUGUGCUCCACCAGCGGUCGGGUGUGCGUGGGUUCCCCCCCGGGCAUGACCAUCGGAUCGUCUCCUCCAGGCAGUUUAGGAGCUGGCCAUGGUGCUGAUGGAGGGCCCAGCAGCCUGCGCUACCUUCCUUAUGGGACCUCCCCUCCUAGCAUGGAGGGGUUCAUCACCUUUGAAGCCCCGGAGCUGCCAGAGGAGACCCUGAUGGAGCGUGAGCACACAGACACCCUGAUGCACCUCCGGAUGAUGCUCUCCUUCACCGACUGCAUCCUGGAGAUGGCAGCGCUCCGAGCCGGGGGGGCGGAGCUCGGGAUGUCCGCCGCCUCCCUCUACCCCCCCCAGGACAGCGUGGUGGUGGACCAGAUCAGCCAGCUCAGUAAAGAGUGGGGGCAGGUGGAGCAGCUGGUGCUCUACAUGAAGGCAGCUCAGCUCCUCGCCUCCUCCCUCCAUCUGGCAAAGGCUCAGAUCAAAUCUGCUAAACUGAACCCUUCAACUGCGGUCAAGCAAGUGGUCAAGGGUUUGAACGAGCGCUACAAAAGCUGCAUCGCCUUCUGUCGCCACCUGACGGACAAACUCAACCACUUCUUCUCCGACAAGCAGCGCUUCGUGGAUGAGAUCAACAGCGUCACGGCCGAGAAGCUCAUCUACAACCACGCCGUGGAGAUUGUUCAGUCUGCAGCUCUGGAUGAGAUGUUCAAGCAAACGGAGGACAUCGCGUAUCGCUACAGCAAGGCUGCCAUGCUGCUGGAUGGCCUCUCCAAGAUCCUGCAGGAUCCUGCCGACGCCGACAACGUGCUCAAAUAUAAAGCCAGCGUGGAGCGCAGGAUCUCGUCUCUGUGCUACUGCACGGUCACGCUGUACGAGUAGCAGCUGCACCCCAAACCACUGAGGGACCAGGACCUAAAAACCAGACCAACGCUGGAAGACCCGGAGAUUCCUCUCCCUCCUGUAGCAGCUCAGCACUUUCAUUUGUUUGUUUUAAUCUGCGUUUGUCAUCCGUUUGUUGUACUACUGCAGCGGUGCACACAUUUCCAACCAAAGAUGACAGCGGAUCAGAGAGGAAACAAUAAAUCUAGAAGAAGAUGUGGACAUUAAAGCCUUCUUUUAAAGAUGCUUUUAAAAUCUGAGGGUGGGAGGAUCCCACCAUGUUAGCAUUCCGGUUUCAGCUGGAAAAAGGAGGAUUCACAGGGCUGUGAGACAGUGCUGUGGACUCUAAAAAGACAUUGGACUAAGAUUUGAUCAGUGGUCCUGCACUUCUAGUUUCAGUGUUUGUGUAUUUAUUUUCUAGACCAACACAGACUAUUCUGCCUUUCAUGUAAACCUCAAGUAUUGCAGUUGAAGGAAAAGGUUGGAAAGCGACGGCUUCCAUCUGCCUGUGUGGACUUGGACUUUUUAACCCACCAACAAGCUGCUGUUACAUCAAGCAGACAGCCAUAAGCAAAGGAAUCACUUUGUUUGGACUUUUUCUGUUUAAACUCAAGCACUUUAUUUUGGAACGGAUGGAAGAGAAAAUGUGAAGAUGUGGUCGACUCCUUUACUCUGCACACUGCAAAAAAUAACUUCAAAUGAGUCAACUCAUAAAAUAAUUGCAUUUACCCUUAAUUUCAGCAGGUAAAUAAGAUGAUCUGCCAAUGGAACGAGUAUGCUUAGUUUAAAAUAAGAU